AUGGCUUUCCAGACAAACGUCUUUAGAAACGGUGCUUGGGUCACGGAGAUUAUUGACCUACAAACUGUUCUGAGGGGCUCAACCACAAACACCUCCGCUGUCGCUCCUUCACUCCCCGCUCCGCCAAGCUGUGGUAUCUUGACGAGAACGGUCAUCGAUAGCCCCAUUGCUCGAUGGGUCUUGCCUGCUCGCCUAAGGUCUGCACAUCACAAUGAUGUUGCCUUCGUUGGGGAUCGUUACGUGAGCAUCAAUGAGUUGCGCAAAGAUGGGCAGCUUCAGGAGGUGCUGCGGAAGAACGACUUUGGCUGUCGUAUUCGAAAUGCGCUUGUUAUUGGAAACAAGUACGAGCACUUUCGCGUUGUCCCAGACGAUCCUGGUCAUGACCACAUAAAAAGCGAAGACGAAGAUGAUGACACCCACAUGGCCGACAUUGGCUCUGGAUCUGGCAUCAGUAGUUCUCAUGGGCAGUUCCCACCGCACUUGUUGCUCCUCAUCCUCGAAUCAGGUUCCUUUGUCUUCCUCUUCAUCAAAAGAGACGAUGAGAGAGAUGCCCUGGAGUUCGUCGCAUCGCCGUUCCACAACCCAGCAAGGAGACUAGGCCACUUGGGAUUUCAUGUAGCUGUCGACCCCAGGUCUCGCUAUUUUGCAGUCGCGGACGCCCAAAACAAAUUUGUCGUUUACGAGCUAGAGUCCAUUGAGGCAAUGGGUGACCAGUUCAUACUUGACAAGGCCAUCAAACCCAUUAGGGCGCAUCAGCCAAGAGCAGUCCAAGGUACCAUUCUCAAGAUGGAGUUUCUCUAUCCUCGUCCCGAGGACAAAAACCACGUCAUUCUCCUUCUCAUAAUCGCAAAGGCCGACAGGUCGAAGAUGGUCAUCUACGAAUGGGAGCGCGGAGACGAUCUUGGCCAAGUGCUGGCCGAAGAAAAGCGUGGCCAUCGCAUAGCACCAGAGCAUCGGCUCCCUCUUCUCAUCAUUCCUCUGACAGUGAGAAGUUCCUUUUUCGCAGUUUCCGAACACGCUCUUGGCAUAUGCAAGGACCCCCUCCAAGGGCCUCCUGACAUUGAAACAAUUAAUCCGGUCAGCCAUCCCGCGAGCCCUUUUCAUCACGGUACUAGUGUACCCCUUUGGACAGCUUGGGACAGACCGGUACGGAGGCGGCGCUACUACGACACCAAGGAUCUUAUUUAUUUGGCUCGAGAAGAUGGUGUAAUUGUCUUCUUUGAGUUUAAUACGACGGAUAUCUUGGGCGCUGCCAUGAAUGUUGGCAGCUGCAACUGCAACAUUUCGACCGCCUUCACCACAAUGUAUGACGCCUACUCUGACGUGGCCAUUGUCGCCGGCGACUCUGGCCCCGGGAUGGUAUUUCAGAUUGGCAAGAAGCCGACUGUUCUUUUCUUGGACCCCGAGACCGGAGAAGACCUCUCUCUUCCGCAAGACAAGCAUGGAAAUGCGACGACAUUCAUCAGCGGCUUGGGAAGCCAAGAGGACAAGAUUCAUGCAGUUUACGACUGGCUUUUCAUCAAAGACGGCAUGACCUUUCAUUACCUCAUCGUCACAACGGCAGGCGGACGCCUGUUGCUUGUGUCGCCUAAGAAGGAAGAGAGUCACGACCUUGAAGGCAAUAGGAGAACGAGGAUACGGUUCUCCACGAAAUAUAGGAUAAAGGAAAAAGCGCCCAUAUAUUCUAUUGUUGGGGAUGGCGACAGCAUUAUUUACUGUGCUGGAAAAAUCCUUCACUGGGAUGUCCUGGACUCCGUCGAAAAGAGAUUGGUCCGCAAAAAGACGUAUGAGCUGAACUCUCCCGCCAUCUCACUACGGAUGGUGAACGGAAAGAUCUCGGCGCUCACCCUCAGCGACUCCUUGGUGAUUAUUGAUCACAAGGCAGAAAACACACACGGAGAAAUGACACAGAUCCAUGCGGAUCAGGUGACGCGGAAGUCGAAUCACUUCUUCGAUGUCGGAGAUGAUGCAGACCCGGAGCUGACUUGGCCAGUGACUCUCCUGACGGGCAUGGAUCGGUCCUUCACGGCAGUCUGGACUCCUUGGAAACAGCCCAAGAGAGAGCUGGAACUCGUUGCAGAAGGACCACUGCCCGCCAGCAUCAGGAAACUUCAGCGAGGCCGUGUGCGGCCGGAAUGGGUGGCGACAGAACAUGUGCCACGGUACGGUAGUAUACCGAGCACAGUAGACGGUGCUGAGGUGUUGGGCAUCUGUCUUGACGGAUCAUUGAUGCACUUCAGCCUACUCAACCUUCAAGCAUGGCGGUUUUUACGUCUUGUUGAGAACCUAGCGCUGAGAAGUCCACUGCUGUUUCCCUACAGCUACGAAGUGUCCGUCUUGGACAACGAGGAAUACGACGCGGAAGCGAAAGACACGCCAAAGUCGAUGAAGCACAUCAACGGGAAUUUACUGCAGCAGUGUAUCGACAAGCGGGUCCUUCAGGAGAUAAUGAAGGGAGACAGCAACCAUGACCUUUUGCGAGAGUAUCUGGACGGCUUGGAUGAUGGAAAGUGGACAGCAUCUUUUCAAGAAGACAACGACCCUGACCUCACGAGGUAUUUCGAUCUCGCUUACGACAUUUUGGAUUACUUCCUUGCGCCUGUUCUCUGA